GCUUUGUGCUCAGCAGUAAAGCACCCACCACCUUCAGCAGGACCCAGCCUUUCCCCAAACUCUUGCAGCUCACAUGUUGCUGUGAAUUAAUUCUGACAUUGAUGGCAUGAGCACUGCAUGCGUGCACAGUAACUGCUGCUGUGAUUUUUCUCUGCCAUACUGUGCAUUAGCAUCUGACUGUCAUUUGAUGUCACACAGCUGCUGAAUCUGCCAGCACUGCAAAGCCACUGCUGUCCAUGCUGCAACUUCACACCUCAGAAUGUGCUUACAUUUGUUUAAUAACAUGGUUUUCUUGCAAAUAGCAGUAGAUGAAGUAUUAGAUUUCAUGACCAAAGACAGUUAAUGUAAAUUCCACUUUACUUUAAUCAAUAUUUACCAGUAAAGCAAGGAAAUCCUUCACACAAGUAGCUGCUGGAGACUGAUUUUUUUCUGUAUGCUUUAAAUGGCUUCAAAAUCUUUAUUUUCUCAUACAGCAAAAAGUCCUCCCGAUAGUACUCCAAGAAGGCCUGUUUUAUCUGUCAGUGCAAGAAAAAUUAAAGAUAAUGCAGCAGACUGGCAUAAUUUAAUGAUGAAAUGGGAGAGACUGAAUGAUAAUGGAUUUACUACAGCAAACAAAAUAGUCAACAUGAGGAUCAGUGAGCAAUUUCAAGACAACAAACUGGAGAUAACAUGUGAUAACAAUGCCACAGAACCUGAAAAGCCAACCCCAAAAUACAAUGAAGAGCUGGACAAUUUCUGUGCAGAAUUACUUGAGACCUUAAAGCAUAUGACAAAAAUACAAAUGAAAAUGGAAAAGCUUACUUCAACUACCAAAGCAAUCUGUGACUUGGAAACAUUCCACCACGGAGCUGGGAAUUGCACAGCACCCUUCUUUCAUACGUGGCCCACACCAUACUUCUAUGAGGUUUCUCUGAAGCUGUCUGAAAUGUACAAGAAGGAACUACAACUCAAGCAAACAAUUGUACAAGACAUUGCUCAUUCUGCUGACCAGGAUUUGAUGAUGGUGUAUUUAUCAUCAUGGUUGUACCAGCCUUACAUUGAGAACAGCAGCAUGCUGCUGCUCGAAGCCAUGCUGCUGGAAACAGGACACAGGCAGUGCUAGAAUUCCAGAAGUUACGUGGCUGGCUUCUGGUGAUGCUUAUAUGAAACUGAAUUGGCAUAUUGCAAGGCUUACUAAGUAAGUUGAUUUUUUGUAAAACUUAUUAAAAAUGUUUUUCUCUAUUCAUAUUCCCUACUUUGUCUCAGCUGAUACUCCUUUUUCUGCAUGGGACAAUCUGGUUUUGGUUGCUAUAGGUAGGAAGCUAAAUCCUCUAUAGUCAGAAAGAGAUAAGCACUGUUUGGUGGUCUGGGAGAUUCAAUGCUUAUAGAAGCUACAGCAAAAAAUGUUACUUCCUCCCAAGUCUGGACAGCCUAAAAUACCUACACGGUCCCUUUCGCCAUAGAAAUUCAGCAGUUCUUGAUCUUUCAUGUUUUGGGGUUUUUUUGUAUGAAUUAACAGGGCAAAUGUUUUUGUACCUGCUUUAUAAGUGGAGGAAAAGAAAGCACAAAAAGUAGAAUCCAAAAGGAUCCACAUAGUUUGGUAUGUGAUUUUGAAAUGCUGUUGCAGACAAUAGUGUAAAUUCCAACUUGGUUUUGAUUCUAGUGUUGUUGGGUACGUCACCC